AUGGACUAUACAAGCGACGCUUCUGCACAGAAAGCCAAGGCCAAGGGAAGCAGUCGCCGCGUGAAGCAGAGCGACUCGCAAUGGGAUCCCGUCGAUCCAAACCACCUCGGUCAGCCAGAGGCGAUGACCUGGCAACAGCAGGAAGAUGCGAGCAAGCUCAGACGAUCUGCUCGUCAGACGAAGCCUGUCCACCAGCGACCUGCUCAGAGUUCGCCCAAGGCAACGCAAGCUCAGACGAGCUUCACGCCUGAUGAGAUAUGGGACGCCGUGCCUAACAGAAGAGAACUGAUCGGCAACGAGCUCACUUGGCAGCAGCAAUUGCUCAAGUCCCAGCCUCCUGCUUCGCCUUCUGCCAAGCCAAAGGGACGCAAAACGCAAGCGGCGUCGUCCAUUACGACCAGUCUGUCCAACUUGAGCUUGACUUCGCCAGCAGACUAUACCCAUCAAAACGGGGGCAUGCACACGCCUUCGCCUGCAAAGUCAAAGUUGACAAAGGCGAAGAGCAAAGAGGCAAGCUUGUCGAGCUCGCCUUCGCUCCACUAUGCCGGUCCCCAGUUCCACAACUCACCGAGUGCCCAGGACUUGCCUGCACCUCGUACACGUGUCAGACCUGCUGUGGGCUGA